CCUGUGGCGUCAUGCUUCGUGUGGGGGUGCAUGGGGCGUUGUCCGUUUGGGGGCGUGGUUGAUUGCAUCGCAAGGUACACCGUGAACCUCUUGCUACAAGAGCGCCAGGAGAGCGAGACUCUCGCUGCGACUUUGGAGGAGGGUCUGACGAAUGCCAGCGACGGCAUUGAGAUCAACACCAUCUCAGCGACCACGGGGGCUUCCACCCACGCGGUCGUGGACCAGAGCUUCAUACUACUAUCUGCGUGGCAGGUCACUCAGCGCUGGAAGAAGACGCCGAAGACUCUUCGCCUGAAGGGGGUCAAGCUGCCAAGCUACCAGCAGAAGGGGGCCUAUAACGUUUACUACCCGUUCAAGAACCCCGAGCAGCCCUACAAGAUCUUGCGGUUGCAGUUGAGAUUGUCAGCCAGCGCCUCGAGCGACCAGAAAGGUUACAGACCCGCGGCCUUCGCGGACCAGAUCCCUGUCGUCUUGAAGGGUGUGCACCGCCUCGGCAUGACGGAUAGCGAGACGGGGGGGUUGAACCGACUGCCUUCCUUGCAGGACCUGGAUCGCCGAUUGGGUGUAUCGAAGGCCGUCGGCAGCGGCGACGAGCUUCCAGAUGCGCCCGCUGCGGACUUGCCAGCGGGCGGUGGUGCCAGCGACGAUGGCUUCGCGGAGGGCGAGGAGGAGGAUGGGGCUCCACUCAGGAUCAGGCAGCGAGGAUGCUCACCAAGCGGAGUCAAGCAAGAAGCUUGCGACCAGGCGGUCUUCGAGCUGCCUUCGCUUAGGCCAGCUGCAGAUGAUGACGGGCAGGUCGACCCGAACAUCAAGAAGGGCACGGCAGACUAUUGGAUUGCGAAGCUGCCCAUUCGCCAGGUCGCCGCUGGCAAGCGGCUCGGGAGCGAGUACAAUCAGGCGAAGCUCUUGCACAACAAGCUCCCCGUCGGCGAUGAUCGGAACCGCCUGGCCGCGCACAUGAAGCUGUAUGACAGGGCCAUGCAGUUUGUCCCAGGCUCCAUGGAGAAGCUUUCUGAUCAGGACUUCCAGGAGUCCUGCCAGGUGUUCGAGUCGUCAGGCUUGCACUUCCUUCUCGUCACCCACAUGGAGAUCCUGCGCAGGAAGACACAGCCUUGUUGGGACGAGUUCGAGAAAGCACCGCGAGAGGUCCACGGUCAACACUGUCUGAGGCGUGCUUUGGGCAUGUUGCAGCUUUGGCAGCAGAAGGACGGUUCGGAGUUCCAGUGGGCGAACCCGCGCUUGAUCGAUAUGGAUCUCGUUACCCCCGAGCUGACCGAGGCCUUCCAGAACCUGGUGUUCGGCGACCACCUUGUGAAGUGGAUUGGGGCUGGGGAGGAGAAGGAGCCGCUCGUCCUGGAGUUCGCGCACGCCGUAAUCGAGGCGUGGGAGCUUCCUACUGACGCACACAUUGCCGAUGAAGCAGCCCAGGUAUUGGUGGACGCGCAGCGUGCCGUCGGCGUCUUGAGGUAUAUCAGCGACCAGAACAUCAGCCACAACACUGACAUUGCCCUCUUUGAUGACGUGAAAGCCAUGGAGCAGGCGCGCCUGAUGACAGCAGCGAGAAAGAACGACCAGAUGAAGACGCACGCGCCGAAGGUCUCGCAGUUUCUACGGGAUUUCCAGAAGCACGAGGCGCCUACCCCGACAAAGGCGUUCUUGGCCCUGGCCAAAUCUGCUGUUGGCGAGCUUCCUUUCUUGCGCGCUGCUUUGGCACCUGGCGCCGCCGACGAGCUCGAGAGCGUUGCGAUGAACAAGCUCGCCCACGCGGUCCAGCACUGGACAAGGGGUGGUGCUGGGCAACCGAAGGGCGGUGCGAUUUCUGAGGGGGAGUUGGAGCUGAUGUCCGCAUACAAGGCGUUGCUCGCUGAGGCUGCGGACUCGCGCCCGUCUUUUGAGAACCUGAUGCAGGAUAUGCGGGACAUCGGCAAGAUCAUCGGGGACGCCGACUCGCGCGCCAAGGUUCACGCCGUCAAGAAGGUCAUCACAAAGGCGAACGCUGGCGAGAGUAUAGACGCCAAGGAGCUGCUUGACAUGGCCCAAGGGAUAGAUUCGGAUGCGUUGGCGGAGGCAGAUCAUGCUGAAAUGGCUGGCUAUUUCGCUUCUCAUGUCAAGAUGCUCGCCGAGAGGGACUUCACGCCAGCCUCGAAUCGCUCGCCCACCGACUCGAGCUUGGAGGUUGAGGGCGUGCUGGUUGGGUUCAUGCGCAAGGAUUUGAGCAAGAAGGCGGAAGUGGUCCUGUCUACCUCGAGGGCGCUCAUGAAGUUGCAGCGCGAGACCGCUAUGUUGAAUGUGACAGUGGUCGAUGACUGCGACGGCGACUCUGGCUCCACGUCCGAGAAGCAGGCAUCGGCCGUGAAGAGGGAGCUGGCCAAAGUGACGAAGAUGUUGAAGAUGAAGUUCGACGACGAGGUCAUUUCGUCUGGAGAGGUGGCAUCGAUCUUCCAGGACAGGGCAACGUCUAUCGUGGACGUCUCGACGGGCUUGUGCAUGCGCGUGACGCAGGCUUGCUUGAAGAGGCGGGAGUUCGUCUUGGCGGGCGCUCGCUUGAAGGCGCAGAGCCUCUCCGUCGACAAUUCGGACCUGAUGGGCUGGGUGGAGAGGGACAAGCUCACUUGGGAGGACCUGAAGGCCAAGGCGCAGGAGCUCCUGGACGGCGCGAGCGUGGAUGGCAUCUUCAACGCGUUGGGCAACAUCGAGCAG